AUGACUUCUCCCGAGGAACAGGCGUACCAUCUGCUGACCGAGUACUCAAAUGGGUUCAUGGUCUCCCAGGUUCUGUUUGCCGCCUGUGAGCUGGGCGUGUUUGACCUUCUGGCUGAGGCCCCAGAGCCCCUGGGUGCGGCAGCAGUGGCUGCACGGCUGGGCACCAGCUCCUGUGGGACAGAGCUCCUGCUGGACACCUGUGUGUCCCUGAAGCUGCUCCAGGUGCAAACAAGGAGGGGAAAAGCUUUGUACCAAAACACAGAGCUCUCCAGCACCUACCUGGUCAGGGCCAGUCUCAAGUGCCAGGCCAACAUGCUGCGGUACCUGGCCAGGACGACAUAUCUGUGCUGGGGCCACGUGGCCCAGGCCGUGAGGGACGGCAAGAACCAGUAUCAGGAGGCAUUUGGGGUUCCCUCUGACGAGCUGUUCACCGCCAUCUACAGAUCUGAGGGCGAGCGGCUGCAGGUGAUGCGAGGUCUGCAGGACGUCUGGAGCAUCAGCGGGAGGCAUGUGCUGGCCGCUUUUGACCUGUCCCCGUUCCCGCUCAUAUGCGACAUUGGUGGGGAUUUCUUUAAAGACCCGCUUCCGGAGGCGGAUCUGUACAUCCUGGCGAGGGUCCUGCAUGACUGGACCGAUGCGCGGUGCUCACACCUGCUGGCAAGGAUCCAUCGUGCCUGCAAACCAGGUGGCGGCAUCCUGGUGAUUGAAAGCCUCCUGGAUGCAGAUGGGCGGGGCCCUCUGACCACGCAGCUGUACUCGCUGAACAUGCUGGUGCAGACGGAGGGCCGGGAGAGGACCCCCGCCCAGUACCUCGCGCUCCUGGCUCCUGCUGGCUUUCAGGACUUCCAGUGUCGGAGAACCGGGGGCAUUUACGAUGCCAUCCUAGCCAGGAGGUAG